AUGGAGGACAUAGAUGACUUAUAUGGUGAUCUUGGGCAGGAGCACAGGGACUCACCAGUUAAUUAUGAUGAGGAAUCUGUGGACAUUUACUCUGGACUUGAGAACAGUCCCAAGAAUAACGGAAAGACAGAAAAUGUGUGCCCAUUCCAAUCACCCCAAAGACUCAGUGAGUCCAUGGAUCUGUAUGAGGAAAUCAUUGCUAAGGAACAGCAGGAAAAAGAAGCAACCUAUAAUGAGCUGAAGAAUAAAUUUGAUGCUGCUCAAAACCAAAUCAAAGAAUUGCUGUUGAAGUUGCAGGAGAUGCAGACAAAGAACUUGAGUUUGCAUACAGAGAACACCCGCCUUAAGAAAAACAUCAGUGCACUUAUAAAGACAGCCAGAAUGGAAAUUUUACGAAAGGAUGAUGAGAUCAACCGACUGAACCAAAGACCUGGCAGGAGCGGUCGUGGUCAAAGUUUUCAACGUCCUCAGCUGAACUGUUUAAACAAUAAAGCCUUCAGCAGACAUAAUGUUAAAGAUGCCGUUGGGCUCCCUGCACGCCCUGAAUCCCAGAAUCACAGAGAAGAAUCUGCUGUCAAGGAUGUUUCACAGCCUCAGGACAGACACAACGUGGACCAUAUGGAAACAUCGCUCACGCAGUUGCCACCUUUAGAAAAAUCAAGGCGCUCUGGAACGGACUGUGAAACUCCUUCAGACGCCCAUAAAACAGAUUGUACUGUUCUGAACAAUUCUUCAACUUUGCAACCUCGUCAGGUUUGUGGACCUAUCCAGUCUAACACUGUUUCCGGGUAUAACGAAAUACGCAGAAAAUCCGUAGAGACCGAAGCUCUGAUCUCCACAGAGGGUGACAAAGCAAAACAGAAAGCCUCUAAGACCAGAGCUGGCAGCGCUGAAGGCAGCCAGGAGGCAAAUAAAGACCGAUAUUCAAAAGAAGUGGAUAGGACGGAGAAAGCAUGGAGAGAGUCAGGGAAGCACAGCUCAGAGUAUAGCAAAAACAGACACCGUCAUCCUGAAGACCUUGGAAUGAACAGGGAAUCGGAGAGAACUGAAAAUGCUCUUUACCAGGCACAGACUCUUUCUCAGUCAUGCGUAUCAUCUCGCACACGGUCGAGCAAAGAUAGCAAAGACAGACUGUCCAGAGGUAGCUACCAAGAGUCUAGGCAUCACCAUGAGAGAGAAGGAGGUGGUAGAGACACCGCACGUUCUGGACAUAAAAACAGAUCACCUGAUUCCUCUAAUCAAAGGAGCUUCACUGAGAAGACUACUACCUCCCUUGAUCACAAAACGGAACAUACUGGCACCAGAGACCAUCACAGAAAAGAAGAGAAAAGGCAAGAGGAUGGGAACAGCAGGGAAAGGAGAAGUAGCAGAUCUGAAAAGGGUAAGGAGUAUGAGCGGGAAAAGGCAAAAGAUAGAGAUCGAAGCACAAGAGAUAUCGAAAAGAAGAAUAGUGAGGAAAGGAGAAACACCAGAUCAGAGAAGAGCAAAGAAUAUGAACGAAGGAACAGAAUGACUGAUAGAAGUGGUAGGGAAACCACCAUUAAAACUGAUGAGAAAAUGACAAAUGACAGAAAAUCAGGAAGCCAUAGCAAUAUGGUAGAGAAGAAGCGUGGUGACAGUUACCCUGACAGGAAAGAUCAGGAUAAAGGUAGUGAGAAAAGAAAAACUUCUUGCGAAAUUGAGGAGGAAAAGACAAAGAGCAAAAAAUCCAGUACCCAGGUAAAUGCAAGAAAUGAAGAAUGCACCAGAAAUGAUAAACUUGCAAAUGCUACUGAAAAUAAUCCACAGAAGAAGACUCAGGGGAGAGAUAGAGACAGAAGCAGAGGGAAAGGUUGUCUUGAGGAUAAAGAGCAAAAGGAAAGAAGAUCAGAAAGUCAGAUGGAUGCAGAAGUUGACAGCCACGCAAACACGGCGGUCCAACCUAAUAGCUCAGAUGAUAGUCACUGUAGUAAGAAAGGUCAGGACAAAAAUUUGACCCAACCUGAUACACAGAUUCUGUCACGGUCUGAAGCCUCUGUGGCAGAUCACAGAAUGUCAGAGGAAGACAGCCCAAACAGAAAACUGAGUUUCAUGGAAACCUUGAACCUCACUCUCUCACCGAUUAAAAAACAAAACCAGCAGUCCCAAGUUCAGCAGCAGGUAGGAGCACCAUCUGAAGAAUGCCUCUUGUCCAAGUCAGCUGAGCAGAACAGUUCUUUAGGGGAGGAGUUUCUUAUCAUCGAUGAAACUGAAGAUGGCCCAGAAUCUGAGACGAUGGAUGUGGAUUCUGAUCCAUCUUUGUCACAGGCUCCUGAGAAUACAGCCCAGCCUGAUACAAGUAGUUCUGUUACUGAAUCCACAGGAGCUAAAGAGACAGAGUGCAGUAAAGUUGUGGAUUUACUGAGAGAGAAUAAAGACUCAUCUGAAAUAAAAGCUGAUGCUGCGAUACCUGAGACUGUUACAACAGCACAAGAGGUUCUAUGUCAGGAUGAGGAAAUGCAAGACGGAGGCAUUGAUGAAGAGGCUAAUAUCUUGAGGAAGUCUCCGAACAGCUGCUCUGACAGCCGUUCUGAAAUUUCUCAGACUCUUGUAAAAGAAUGUCUUAGUGCUGACAGUUGUUUGCCUCCUGAAGGUCCCAGAGCUUCUGUCUGCGAAAACCUAUCUGUUAAAUCAGAUACAAUAGGCAUACAAAAUCCACAUGCCUCUGUCUGUCUGGAGGACCUUGGGAAAAAUAUUGGGAAAAAAUCUCUGUCUGAGCCCCACUCUUCACCCACAGUCCACAGUAGGGUUCCUAAUGAAGAUGUGCCCACCUCUGUCACUACACAAGCGCCUGAGGGUGAUGUAUCAGAGAACCAGUGUUCUGUUUCCGUGGAUGCUGUUUCUAGCACUGUUGGAAUACAUCAUGUUUCCCAGUGCCAUGGCAAUGUGGAACAGAUGGUGGUUAUUCCAGUUAAAGAGACAGAGACAAGGGAAAACUCUUUCCAUGAAGCAAAACUUUCAGAAGGACAGAGCACUGCAGUACCUAGUGUUAGCGUCUGUACUCCGAAGGGGGUGGUACCAUCUACACAGCUUACCAGCAAACCUGCUGAGAGCCCAGUUAAGGUACCAAAAGAUGCCAGUACCUCAGAGCCAGAUUCCACAGAAAAAGAGUUGCAAAACCCAGAACCUUCCAGCUCUGUCCCAUUGAUCCAUGAUGAAGAUUCCAUGAUGCUAACUCUAAGGAAUAUCAAAGUCAUUCCAGAUGCCAUUAGCCCUCUCACAAGCCCAGUCCGCCAGGUUAGGAAAGUACAGCCUCAUCGUCCUGGGAAGCAACCACACGUAAAGAGUCUCGGCAAAGAUUUUUCCAGUUUAUCAGUAGCUGCAGAUGCCAGUGCAUUAAGAAUGGACAUGAACAAAGAGAAUAAGAGACCUGACAGUUCCCUCCCAACACAGAAGGACCUUAAUGAAUCUGCUCUAAGGAGUAGUAGUCCUGAAGAGUUAGAAGAAGGAGAGAUUGUCAGUGACGAGGAGGAGGAGGAGGAGGAAGUUCCCCUCAGUCAAAGUCCUCCAAGCAGAAAGGAGAAGUCGUCAUCAGCUACUGGAAAUCAGCGAAGCCCAAAGUCGCCCAGACUGGCAAAAAGAGCAUCUGAAAUGAGCUCAACUGCAACCCCUAAAUGUUCGACACAAAGUAAUAAAUCCACAACGAUGGUGUCAACCAGCAGUCCCAAUUCACAAAAGAGGCGCUUUAAAACAGUCCUACCACCAUCAGCCAAAACAGCCAUCUCCACUGUAGAUGAGUUUAUGAAUGUCUUCAAAAUGAUUCGUAUGCAGAUUAGGAAAAAGUACAUGAAGCUUCAUAAGACAUUUUCCAAGACAACUUUUUGCAGCGUCAUUGAUAUGUCCCUAGCUUCUUUCACAGAAUAUGUUGACAGUGUGAACUUUGAUAAAUUGUGCAGUCAGGGUGCUGAUCUCAAAACCAAGCUGAAGAACGUAAUUUCUGCUGUUAUGAGCAAGGUCUCAGACAAUGGAAUUGUCAGUCGUAUUUUUGAGCAGCAGGCUCAAAACCUGAAGCAGAAGUUGUGGAAUUUUGUUGAUGGACAAUUUGACUUUUUGUUUAAGGAAGUGAGGAGCAUACUGAUAAGUUCAUGUAGAAGAUCAAAGGGUAAAUCCUCAGCUGUAAAUGCCAAGGAUGGAAAAGAAGUCGUAAAGGAACAAGAAAAAGCAUCUUUGAGUGUAGUUGAUCACAGAACAGGGAAAAAGGCAAAGGAGGUAACUGAGGAGGUUAAAGAAUCUCCGCCAAAGAAACCGCCAAACACCACACCCUCGAAUCGUUUGCUUUCAAAAUGUGGACUUGGUAGCAGAGGCAAAAAUAUAAGGGUACUCAUGGAGAAAGAGAAGGAUUCAUCAGAGGUGCAAACAACAGACCAAACACCUGCUCUUCCUUCGUCCGAUGGCACGCCAACAAAGAACCCUCCUGCUUCGGCAGAUAAAAUGGCUACCUAUGCUCGUCGCCUCUCCCACAGCGGGUCCAUCCAAGAUAAGUCAGACUUUGAAAUUCUCACUGAGCAGCAGACAUCAAGUUUGACCUUUAAUUUGGUAACAGACUCACAGAUGGGAGAGAUUUUCAAGUGUCUUCUCCAAGGGUCAGAUUUAUUGGAUUGCAGUGGCUCAACGGGUGACAAUCAAAAUUGGCCUGUUGGCACGCCUCGAAAAGACGGCUCUAGCGGAGAGAAUUUGACAGGGGUUAUAACACCAAGCAAAAGCAUCACUCCGACAAAACUUCUUGCGUCAUGGUCUACAAUCUCACCCUGUAAAUUUACCUCUCCUAACAGUAAAAUUCAAAUGUCCUUGAAUCCAGCCCUGCUGGACGAAAGUUGUUUGUUAGAAGUUCCCUCCAACCUUCCCCCUUUGACUGCUGUGAAUUCACAGAGAUCCUUUUCCAUAUUGUCGGAGGACUUGGCUGUAUCUUUGACUAUUCCCUCACCUUUGAAAUCAGACAAUCAUUUGAGCUUCCUGCAGCCAGCAAACGGGGAACCCCUGUCUGCUCCUGACAGUGUAAUUAGUGCCCAUUUCAGUGAAGAUGCCCUUCUAGAGGGAGAAGAUGCCACUGAACAGGACAUUCAUCUUUCUCUCGAUACCGACAACUCCAGUUGUGGAUCAAGUACUGGCAGAACUUGGGAAGGUUCUGAGCCUUCUUCUUUUCGGUUUAAGUCCAAUGUUCCCAUGCAGGCCGAGGUAAUGGAGAAGUCCAACGAUCACUUUAUUGUUCGGAUAAGGUCCACAUCCGCCGGCCCAGAUCAAGUCACAGAAGGUGACCUGAAAGAAGCACAAGCAGAAGUUAGUGGAUCUGCAGAGGAAAAUAACACCCUGUCUACAGCCAUUACUACUGCUGAGACUCAACCAACAGAACCUCAGUCCUUCAGUAAAAGCCCCACAGAGCUCCCUUGUGUGGCCAGCACUACCCAUAGCCUGCCUGUAACUAUUCCGGAAGCAAGUAAUACACUUUUACAAAUAGAGAAAGCCAGGCUGGACAAGGACCCAGCCAAGAAUGUGAACUCUAAUGCUCCCUCUACCCAGGAAGAGGGAAACAAAGUGGUGGUGAUAAAAAGUAAAGAUGAUAAAUUUUCCAGAAAACGUAAGAAACACCAUUCAGAAACGAAGGCCAAGCGCUCUAAAACAGAAGAACCCCAGAGCAAACAUCACAAGUUGAAGCAUAAAAAGAAGUCUAAGGACCGAAAAGAAAGAGGCAUGAAGACUCCAACAAAGAAGGAAAGUAAAGUUGUAUCACCACAACUGUCACCCAACAGUCUCUCUGCCAAGAAUGUGGUCAGAAAGAAGGGAGAGGUGGUGAUGACAUGGACAAGGGAUGAGGACCGGGACAUUUUAGUUGAGCUUAAGAUGAAAGGAGCCUCUACGGAGACAUUCUCUUCAUUGGCCGAGAGGAUCAAUAAGUCACCGUCACAGAUUGCUGAGAGGGUUGCCCAACUAAUGAAGCUAUUUAAGAAGAAAGAGAAGAUGGCAAGUUGA